GGGGCUCUGCUUCCGAGACUGAGCGCGCGACCCCGGGAGAUGGAGCCCCGGGGCUGCGGGCCUGAAGCUCGCGUCUGGACGACUGUGUUUCCAAGCCGUUGAGGCUGUAACAUCAGGAAUUUCACUUUCGCGGCGGGUUUUACUCUUUCAAGUUCUUCUUUCUCCUCGGGGCCCUCGCUCCACCGUGUCACCAAGGGAAGGUGCUACUUUCUGCUCCUGUCUGAGCAGAAGAAACCCAGGUCCUAGUGAGGUUAGGCUGAGGAACCUGGCCGGCGACAGCUGGCAGCGAGUAAAGCGGGAGUCACGACCCAGCCCAGCAGCACCGCUAGGAGAACGGAAUCGGAGUGGGGUGGGGCUGGGAGGAGGGUGUUAGGGUUCUGGCUCCCCUCAGGCAGAAGGGUGGGGCGUUAGGGUUCCCUCAGGCAGGAGACUGGGGCGUAGGGACCUCGUCAGGCGGUAGACUGAGGCACGGAGGCAGUCUGAGGCGAGAGGGUCGGAGGUCGUGGUUCUUCAGACCGGAGGGUGCGAGCAUCCGCGUGCCCUCUGGUCGGCUCAGGCCGGAGGGAAUGGCUCUGGAAUCACAGGUUCCUGGAUCCAGGGCUGUGCAGCCGCGCGGCCGGCCCGGGAGAAGUGGGUCACCGGGUGGAGCGUGGGCGACGGUGUCGCGGGGCCAACAGUCGCAGUGGGUCCCUGAGCGCCCGCGGCCACCGGCUCGGUGCGGGCGGUGAGUGGGGCGCAGCCUUUCCCAGCUUCUGGGCUGCGGGGGCCGGCCGCGGCAGGUGCUGUAAGGUAACCCCGGGAUCGUGACUUCCGAGUCAAUUGGUGAGCACCUUCAGCUGGGGGUACAAUGGCAGUGUUCAAGAAGUUAAAACUUCUUCUCUGGAAGAAUUUCAUCUUAAAGAAGCGGAAGACUCUGAUAACACUUCUGGAACUCUUGAUGCCGUUACUAUUUUCUACAAUUGUAUUGUAUCUUCGUUUCAACAGUAUGCCAAAACACGUAUCAACUACUAACUACCAACCAAUUAAUAUCAGUUUACUGCCAAUAUAUUUCAAUAAGUAUCCUCUGAAAAAUAAAUUUCAGUUGGCUUAUAUCCCUUCCAAAAGCGAGACUUUGAAAGCUGUCACUGAAAUGGUGGAACAAACCUUUGCUGUUGACUUUGAAGUUCUAGGCUUUCCUUCGGUGCCUUUAUUUGAAAACUACAUAAUUAAGGAUCCCAGGUCUUUCUACAUACUGGUGGGAAUUGUUUUUGACCAUACCUUCAAUAGCAGCAGUGAACCUUUGCCACUCGUGGUUAAGUAUGACUUGCGUUUCAGUUAUGUUCAGAGGAACUUUGCACCAUCACUGAACUAUUUAUUUUUUCAAGAGGAGCUAGAAGGCUGGUGCACAGCCUUUCUUUAUCCUCCCAAUCCAAGCCAAGAACCCCGGGAAUUUGUAUAUGCUGAUGGGGGAAACCCUGGAUACAACAAAGAAGGCUUCCUGGCAAUACAGCAUGCAGUAGACAAAGCCAUUAUGUGGCACCAUGAUCCCAACGCAACACUCACCAUGUUCAAGAAUCUCCACGUACUGCUGCAGAGAUUCCCAUUUGGGCCCCAUAUCAAGGACCCAUUCUUAGUGAUCCUUCAAAAUGAGUUCCCUCUGCUCCUCAUGCUCAGCUUCAUUUGUGUUGAGCUCAUAAUCAUCAAUUCCAUUUUACUGGAGAAGGAGAAGAAACUGAAGGAAUAUAUGUGUAUGAUGGGACUGGAGAGCUGGCUGCACUGGGUUGCUUGGUUCAUUACAUUCUUCAUUUCUGUCUUAAUUGUCGUUUCUGUUAUGACCAUUCUCUUUUGUGCAAAGGUAGACAGUGUGGCUGUGUUCACCAACAGUAAUCCUAGCUUGAUAUUUAUUUUUCUAAUGUGUUUUGCCACUGCCACAAUUUUCUUUGCAUUCAUGAUGAGCACGUUUUUUCAAAGAGCGCAUGUAGGAACUGUGAUAGGUGGAAUCGUCUUCUUUUUCACAUACCUUCCCUACAUAUACAUCACUUUCAGUUAUCACCAGAGGACCUAUGUCCAAAAGAUAGCCUCUUGCCUCUUCUCAAAUGUUGCCAUGGCAAUAGGAGUCCGAUUCAUCUCUCUGUUUGAAGCAGAAGGAACAGGCAUCCAAUGGAGGAACAUAGGCAGUAUCCAAGGAGACUUUAGCUUCAUUCAGGUGGUGCUGAUGCUCCUGCUGGACUCACUCUUGUACUGUCUGAUAGGCUUUUUGGCGGAGUCUCUCUUCUCAGGAAAGUUUGGAAUACCUACGUCUUGGUACUUCUUUGCCAAGUGCCUGUUCUGUGUCAAGAAGCCUGUUCCAGUAAUACUGCCACUUCUGGAUGUUGGGGAUCCUGAGAAACCUGCAAGGAGAGACUUCAUGCAGGAUGAGCCAGCUGAUCAAAUGAAAGCAAUUGAAAUCCAGCAUCUAUAUAAGGUCUUUUACAGGGGACGGCGUAAAUGCAUAGCCGUCAAGGAUCUGAGUGUGAACCUGUACAAGGGGCAGAUCACCGUUCUCCUGGGACACAACGGGGCAGGGAAAACCACCAUCUGCUCCAUUCUUACAGGUCUUAUUUCCCCUUCAAAGGGACAGGCAUAUGUCCUUGGGUGUGAAGUUUCAAAAGACUUGGCUCAAGUUAGGAAGAGCCUGGGCUGGUGCCCACAACAUGACAUUUUAUUUGAUAACUUUACAGUAACCGACCAUCUUUCUUUCUAUGGUCAGAGGGAUAUCCACACGGAACUUGCUGUUGAUUGUUGGAUGGAGUUGCUGAGGCAAUUUCAUCUUGGCUGUGUGCCAACAGGACCAAAGUUGAAAGGCCUGUCUCGCCAGAACUGUCAUGAAGAAAUAGAAGAGAUGCUUCCCCUCCUCGGUCUGAAGGACAAGUGGAACUCGCGGUGCAAGUUCCUGAGUUGGGGGAUGAAGCGCAAGCUCUCACUUGGCAUCGCCCUCAUAGCUGAUUCCAAGGUACUGAUUCUGGACGAACCUACCUCGGGCAUGGACUCCACCUCCAGGAGGGCCAUCUGGGACAUUCUUCAGCAGCAGAAGAGUGACCGCAUGAUCCUACUGACCACCCAUUUCAUGGAUGAAGCUGACCUGCUGGGGGACCGCGUGGCCAUCAUGGCCAAGGGGGAGCUGCAGUGUUGUGGGUCACCACCAUUCCUCAAGCAAAAAUAUGGUGCAGGAUAUUAUAUGACUUUAAUAAAAACACCUCUCUGUGACACAACGAAGCUUUCUAGUGUGAUUUAUUAUCACAUACCAGAUGCAAUCUUGGAGUCCAGAAUUGGAGAAGAAGUGAUAUUCAUACUUCCUAAGGAGACCAUGCCCAGGUUUGAAGCUCUAUUUACUGACUUGGAACAGAAACAGACAGAGCUGGGAAUCUCUGCUUUGGGAGUCUCUGUCACCACUAUGGAGGAAGUGUUCAUACGAGUUUGUAAGUUGGCUGAUUCUAGCACAAAUAUCCUAACUGAGAAGCGACCCUCUAUUCAGCCUCAUCCCCGAGUUCACAGAGUUCCUGUUGACAGAAUUAAAUAUCUUCACUCAAGGAUCUUUUCAAUGCAGACUGGCCUGUCAAUCAAACUAAAUACUGGACUCUGUCUUCUCUGCCAACAAUUCUAUGCCAUGCUCCUGAAAAAGGUCACAUAUUCGCUACGCAACUGGAGGUUGAUGCUGUUUGUGCAGAUUCUGCUGCCUCUGCUGAUUAUUGUGUUAAGUCUCACUUUUUUUGACUUCAAAUCAAAGAAAAUGGAAAAUGUACCUUUGGAGCUGACUUUAAAAACAUAUGGUCAGACAAUUGUUCCAUUUUUUGUUUCUGACAAUUCCCUCUUGGGUCCUCAACUUUCGGAUAAAUUUAAAAAGAUGCUUGUGGCUGCAGGACAGAUUCCUUUGUAUAUUCGAGGUUCUGUAGAGGACUUCCUACUGAAAAAGGCAAAAGAGGACCCUGAGGACUUUGAUAAGCUCUAUGUGGUGGCAGCUUCUUUUGAGGACGUGAAUAACUGCACCAUAGUGAAGGCACUGUUCAACAACCAGGCAUACCAUUCCCCGGGCCUGGCUCUGACUCUGGUGGACAAUUUCCUCUUCAAGUUGAUUUCUGGUGCCAAUGCUUCCAUUACCACAACCAACUACCCUCAGCCUCUGACAGCUGAAGAGCUCUCAGAGAGUGUCUUGUACCAGGGCCCUAAAGGACAUUACCUUGUUACCAACUUUCUUUUUGGAAUAGCUUUCCUGUCAAGCUCUUUCUCCAUCUUGACAGUCACAGAGAAAAACAUUAAGUCUAAGAACAUCCAGUUUAUAAGCGGUGUCAGUGCGGUUGCGUUCUGGCUCUCCGCUCUGCUGUGGGAUCUCAUUUCUUUCCUUGUCCCUACUCUCCUGCUAGUGUUGGUGUUUUUCUGGUAUAAGGAAGAAGCUUUUGCCCAUCCUGAGAGCACCCCAGCGGUGGUCUUAAUAAUGAUGCUCUACGGCUGGGCUGUCAUCCCUUUCAUCUACACAGUCAGCUUCUCUUUUAAAACUCCUGGGAAUGCGUGUGCUAAGCUUGUGGUAAUGCUCACCUUCUUGAGCAUUGGCCCCUUUGUGCUUGUCACGGUCACAAGUGAUAAAGACCUUGGCUAUGCAGAACUCUCAGACUCCUUGGAUUACAUUUUCCUAAUAUUUCCUGGACAUUGCCUGGGAAUGGCUUUUUCCAACUUGUACUAUAACUUUGAACUAAAAAAGCUUUGCAAUGCUAAGAACUUGAGUGAUAUUGACUGCAAUGAUGUUUCAGAAGGAUAUGUGGUUCAAAAGAACAUCUAUGCCUGGGAAUCUCUGGGGAUAGGGAAGUACCUGACAGCUUUGGCUUUCUUGGGACUUUUGUACAUUAUCCUGAUUUUCCUCAUUGAAGCCAAUACAUUCUCCGUACUGAAAUCCAGGCUUUCUGGAUUUUCUAGGGGAAAAAAAAUGGGGACAUUCCUCAAUGUAACAGAGCCAGAAGACGAAGAUGUACUAGAUGAGGCAGAAACCAUCAAGUUUUAUUUGGAAACAUUACUAAAGAAAAAUCCACUUAUUGUUAAAGACGUGUCAAAGGUCUAUAAAGAGAAGGUAACUGUGCUGGCUGUAAACAAGGUGUCCUUCACCGUUAAUGAAAGAGAAUGCUUUGGCCUUCUGGGCCUCAAUGGAGCUGGGAAGACUUCCAUUUUCAACAUGCUGACUGGGGAGCAGCCCAUCACUUCAGGAAAUGCCUUUGUCAAGGGUUUCAAUGUCAAGUCUGACCUAGUGAAGGUGCGGCAGUGGAUUGGUUACUGUCCUGAAUUUGAUGCCCUGCUAAACUUCAUGACAGGAAGAGAGAUACUUGCCAUGUAUGCCCGUAUCCGGGGCAUCCCUGAGUGCCACAUUAAAACCUGUGUAGACCAGAUUCUCGAGGACUUACUCAUGCGUGUGUAUGCAGACAAGCUGGUAAAGACCUAUAGUGGCGGUAACAAACGCAUGCUGAGCACCGGCAUUGCCCUCAUCGGAGAGCCUGAAGUCAUCUUCCUAGAUGAGCCAUCCACUGGCAUGGACCCUGUGGCCCGGCGCCUGCUGUGGGACACUGUGGCCCGGGCCCGGGAGUCUGGCAAGGCCAUCGUCAUCACCUCCCACAGUAUGGAGGAGUGUGAAGCCUUAUGUACCCGGCUGGCCAUCAUGGUUCAGGGCCAGUUCAAGUGCCUGGGCAGCCCACAACACCUCAAGAGCAAGUUUGGCAGUGGCUACUCCCUGCAGGCCAAGGUCCAGAGGGAAUGGCAACAGGAGGCGCUAACGAAGUUUAAGGCAUUCGUGGAACUGACUUUCCCAGGCAGCAGUCUGGAAGAUGAGCACCGGGGCAUGGUCCAGUACUACCUGCCUGGCCACAACCUCAGCUGGGCAAAGGUGUUUGGCAUUAUGGAACAAGCCAAGAAGAAUUACAUGUUGGAAGACUACUCUAUCAACCAGGUCUCUCUGGAGGACAUCUUCCUGAGUUUCACCAGCACAGUGUCCUCCACUAACAGAAAAUUCCACCACGGGCAAGCUCUCCUAGACAGUGCCUUAUCACCCUCUCACUCUGAGCCUAUCUUACUUCCUCCCUCAGGUCCUUCCUCUCAGCCUGCCACACCACCUCCAACUCCACCUCCCUCAGAGCCUGUCCUGCUGUAAUAAAGAUCCUGGUGCAGGGUA